AUGUCGACGGUCAAGGGCGCCAUCGCUUCCACGCCCCAGCCGAACGGGCACGACCGAACGAGCUACUCCCUCCAUCCACAAGCCCAACAGACGUACCAUUUGUCUCCUACUGAUUCCGAGGCGCUCUCCAAUUCCGUCGCAAACCCACAGAGCGAUCAUGGCGACCAUCUGAUUGCCCCUGCCUCCACGCGACCCGCCAGGUUUAAUGAGGAGUGGGACGCCAGCCAGCGUGGAAGUUCCGUUAUCGAUGACCAAGGGCUCGGAACCAUGCAACGGCCCACGUCUUAUUCUGGCCAUGCGAGCGGUGUUAUUGGAGAUGGGUCGUCUUUGUCUCGUGGCAAUACCCUCAAGAAGAAGGCAUCAAUCCGAAGGAGCGCGAGCUUGAAACGUAGCGGGAGCCGCCGGAGCAUGAAAGCAGGGAGCGUCAGGAGCCUGGCUCUUCAAUCUACAACGGAUCAGGAUGAGAUGCAUAGCGCGUUCUACUGCCCAGUUCCAACCGCAGCGAACCCGACCGAAGUACUCGCGAAUCGGUUUCAAGCGUGGCGGAAGACGCUCAAAGACCUCAUAACCUACUUCAGGGAAAUCCAAACACACUACGAACACCGGGCGAAGUCGCUUAUAAAAUUAGCAAACGUGUUGAACAACACUGCUACUCCACCUGGUUUUCUUUCAUCCGGCGGCCUGGACGAUGCAUUGCAGAUACUGAGAGGCUACAACAAGCAGGCGAUCGCAGAGGCCACCAAGGCCAGGGAAAUUGAGGAGGAUGUGAUCUUGGCCCUCACCGGGCUGCGAAGUGAUCUUCACCAAAAGAUCAAGGAGAUCAAGAACUUGUCGGGUGACUUCAAGAACUCGGUUGAUAAGGAGAUGGAGAGCACACGCAAGGCUGUCAAUCAGCUCCAAGAAGCGCUCGGACAGAGUGAGCUGGAUCCGUCUCUGACCAUGGGUAAACAAGACCCCUAUAUCCUACGGCUCGCCGUGGACCGGCAACUCGAAAGGCAAAUCGACGAGGAGAACUAUCUGCAUCAGGCCUAUCUGAAUCUGGAGAACUCGGGAAACGAGCUCGAGUCCAUUGUCGUCGGCGAGAUCCAAAAGGCAUACAACGCGUACGCUGGUAUCCUCAAACGAGAGUCAGAUGCUGCCUACAAUACAAUCGAGGAGCUCCGUGCCGGCCCCGUGUCCAUGCCCAAGGAUACGGAGUGGACCUCAUUCAUUCAGAGGGAUGACCGUUUCGUGAAUCCUGAGCUCCCCAUGCGGUUGGCGGAAUCCAUUCAUUAUCCCGGUCGCGAUCAUUAUGCCUGCCAGGAGAUACGAGCGGGGCUUCUAGAGCGAAAGAGCAAGUACCUGAAGAGUUACACGCCCGGAUGGUAUGUUCUCUCUCCUACUCAUCUUCAUGAGUACAAAUCGGCAGAUAAGACGCAAGCGCCCCUUAUGUCGCUCUACCUCCCCGACCAGAAACUAGGAUCCCACUCCGCCGAUGGCAGCUCGUCGAAUAAGUUUGUCCUCAAGGGGCGACAGACCGGAGCGAUGCACCGUGGCCAUAAAUGGGUCUUUCGUGCGGAAAGCCAUGACACCAUGAUGGCUUGGUACGAGGACAUUAAGAAUGUGACGGAGCAGACGCUCGAGGAGCGCAGUAACCUUGUGCGCGCCAAUAGCCGGAGCAUCAGCCGGUCUUCACAGCGGUCGUCCGUCAGCAGCGACGGCGUUGAUGACGACGAGGAACCACCCUUCACAGCUACCGUUGCCUCGGUUAACCAACAGUCAAGGCAAGACGGCCUCUCGCGACGUCCCUCGGGUGGGCGGUUCCCAUCCGAUCUCCAGGUGAACGCACAAAGGGGCCUACAAGUCCCCGUUUCACCUCUUAGCGCGAGCUCCGGAUACGGCGAAAGUCUCAACCACUAUGAUCCCUUCAUGACAACUGCCCCCGCAGGAAGUGACCCUGGGCAACAACCGCAGGGCCUGCAGAAUCCCAGCCAGUCACGCGGAACCGAGCCGGGUAACUUCCAGCGCCCUACUGCCAUGGAUGGCUCUAUUGGUGGGCCAGUGCAGUUCCCCAACACCUCAGCGGCUACGACUGCGUCUCAAAGGCGAAGCUUGCAGGCGCCCGCCAUGGCAGGCCACUUGACUUCCACAAGACAAACCGCAUCACCGGUCGACAGAGAAUACGAUUCUCAAACGUGGGCCGAACCAGUGCCCAUCCCGCUUCCACAUCCGCACCAACAACUGUCGCCGACUAGGGUUGGCGGAGGCGGUGAGGUCUACGACUCUCAAGGCAUCACGAAUUUGAACGGCGCCCGCAAUGGCAACAACAUGGAGCCUCAGAUGUCUCGUGACAGGGAAAAGGUGGUAUCCCAAAUGGGUGAUCAUAUCAUCGGCAAUGAGAUUUCUACGAGGCCUGGUGGUGCGGCCCGAGCUGAUAGCGCUCAGACGAUUUCGCACCUCCAUAUUCCGGGCCAGUACCCUAGAGGAUCAAAUGCCGGAUUGUGA